AUGUACAUAGCCCAAAAGAACAACAUGGGUUCCGACGCGUCGUACACGGUUCCGCUGCUCAUCAACGGCAAAGAGAUCACCACCAAGACCACCUUCCCUGUGACUUCGCCCGGAUCGCACAAGCAGAUAUGGUCAGCCUCAUCAGCUUCUCUCGAGGACGUCAAGGGCGCCAUUGACGCCGCCCAAGCCACAUUCCCGGCCUGGGCGAAAAUGAAGCCAGCCGCCCGCCGCGACAUCUUCCUCAAGGCCUCCGAGAUCUUCAAGUCACGAGCAGAGGAGCUUGGACGAUACAUGGAGGAGGAGACAGGGUCGGCAGCAGCGUUCAGCUCCGGUUUCAAUGUGCCACUUGGUGCUGAGAUGCUCAAGGACGUCGCUGGCAGGUGUAGCCGGAUCAAUGGAGUCAUUCCUACUUGCUCUGACGACAACACGGCCGCCCUGGUGAUGAAGGAACCGUACGGCGUGAUAUUAGCCAUAGCACCUUGGAACGCCCCCUACAUCCUCGGUAUCCGCUCCGUCCUCUACGCACUCGCCGCCGGCAACACGACCAUCCUCAAGGGCUCCGAAUUCUCCCCCCGCUGCUUCUGGGCCAUCGGCAAUGUCCUCACCGAAGCCGGUCUGCCCGCAGGAGCUCUCAAUGUCCUCUACCACCGCCCUGAAGACGCCGCACAAAUCACGACCGCACUGAUUGAACACCAGGCAGUGAAGAAGGUCAACUUCACCGGGUCCACAGCCGUCGGUCGCAUCAUCGCAGCAACAGCAGGCAAGAACCUCAAGCCCGUUCUCAUGGAACUUGGAGGCAAGGCGUCAGCCAUUAUCCUAGAUGACGCGGAUUUGAACAAGGCUGCGACCCAGUGCGCUCUCGGCUCGUUCUUGCACUCGGGCCAGAUUUGCAUGGCUACGGAGCGCAUCCUCGUGCACAAGGAUAUCAAGGCGAAGUUCAUUGAGGCCUUCAAGGGAGCGGCAGAAGGCAUCUUCGGUGGCGACAAGCCCGCGCCUAUCUUGGUGCAGGCGGCCAACGUGGACAAGAACAAACGACUCAUCACCGAAGCCGUCAAGGCCGGAGCGAGGGUCGUGCAUGGCGACCACGAGAAGGAGGAGGCGCAUCCUGAGACCAAAGAGGCGUCGAAGACACGCAUGCGACCGGUCAUCGUCGACGGCGUGAAUAAGGAUAUGGAGCUCUACCAUACGGAGUCGUUCGGACCUUCCGUGUCCAUCGUUGAGAUCUCGAGCGAGGAAGAGGCUGUUGAGAUUGCGAAUGAUACUGAGUACGGUCUGACUAGCGCUGUAUUCACAGAGAAUCUUGGGCGUGGGCUACGCAUCGCGAAGCAAAUUGAAAGCGGCGCUGUUCACAUCAACGCCAUGACCGUCCACGAUGAGACCAACCUGCCGCACGGUGGCGCGAAGAUGAGUGGAUGGGGACGCUUCAACGGUAGUUGGGGCUUCGAUGAGUUUCUGCGGUUGAAGACCAUCACCUACCAGAUGUAG